CCCCGCGGCGAGCCGGGGGAGCCGGGACGGGCCGGGCACCGCCGGCCGCCUGCCGGUGCUUCCAGCGGGGGCAACGCGGACACCGGGAGCUCCCUGCGGCGGGGAGGGGCGGCUGGGCUCCCGCAGGCCGUGUCCUGCCGGCUCUGAGCCUGCGAUUUCUGAUGCUGUUUGGGACCGCGGGUUUGUCCCCCGCUCCCUCUCCAUCAGCUUCCUCCCCACCUCCUCGCUGGAUCGGAGAGCGGCAGAAAGAGCGUGGUCGGGAAACAAAAGGAUGAAGCCUAAUAAAGGAAAGACUUUAACUAGAGAAAGAGACUAUGUGUACAAAUUCAGUGCUGGAAAUGAACAUUUGGUGCUUACCGUGCCUCUCAAAUUCCCUGUACAAGAGAAUAUCAGUCAUUUGCAUGGACGUCUGAUGGUUCUGCACAACUUGCCAUGCUUUAUAGAAAAUGACCUGAAGCAAUCUCUCAGUAAAUUUGUAGAAGAGGAAACUAUAGAAGAUUAUGACAGAGAAGCUGAAGUGGCUCUGGAAGCAGUGAAAUCGGGAAAAGUAGAUAUCAACCAGCUGGCAGAUACUUGGGCUAAAGCUUAUAAAGAGACAACAUUAGAACAUGCCAAACCUGAAGAAACCAGCUGGGAUGAAGAUUUUGCAGAUGUUUAUCAUGAUCUGAUCCAUUCUCCAGCUUCUGAAAUGCUGUUAAACCUGGAACACAAUUAUUUUGUUAGUAUUUCAGAAUUAAUAAGUGAAAGGGACGUGGAAUUGAAAAAGCUACGUGAAAGGCAAGGAGCUGAAAUGGAUAAGGUGAUGCAGGAGCUUGGAAAGUCACUGACUGACCAGGAUGUGAAUUCCUUAGCAGCUCAGCAUUUUGAAUCUCAGCAGGAUUUGGAGAACAAAUGGACCAAUGAAUUAAAACAGACUACUGCUAUCCAGAAGCAGGAAUAUCAGGAGUGGGUGAUAAAGCUUCAUCAGGACCUAAAGAAUCCCAACAACAGCUCAGUCAGUGAUGAAAUUAAAGUUCAGCCCAGCCAGCUGAGGGAAUCUGUAGAAGGAAAUGGGAGAAUCUAUGAAGAGCAAAGGUUGUUAGAAGAAAGCUUUACUAUUCAUUUAGGAGCUCAGCUGAAGACCAUGCACAACCUGAGGCUGCUGAGAGCUGAUAUGCUGGAUUUCUGCAAACAUAAACGCAAUCACCGCAGUGGGGUGAAGCUGCAUAGGCUGCAGACUGCAAUGUCCCUCUACUCAACUUCCCUCUGUGGCCUCGUGCUACUGGUGGAUAACAGGAUCAGCUCAUACAGUGGAAUCAAAAGAGAUUUCGCAACUGUUUGCCAAGAAUGCACGGAUUUCCAUUUUCCUGGAAUUCAAGAACAACUUGAAAUUGUCCAGAAGGUUGUACUUAAGGCCAGAGCACAGCGUAGCAGCAAUACAAAAAGACACUAUGAAAACAAAAUCAGUGGGAAUGAAGAUAAAUUAAAGAAUAUAGAACGAAACCAGUCAAACAUUUUGCCGGGAGAGUUCUACAUCACAAGGCACUCAAACCUCUCAGAAAUCCAUGUUGCCUUUCACCUGUGUGUGGAUGACAAUGUCAGGUCUGUGAAUGUGACCGCCAGGGACCCAGCCAUCAUGGGGCUCAGGAACAUCCUCAAGGUGUGCUGCACACACGACAUCACCACCAUCAGCAUUCCCCUCCUGCUGGUGCAUGAAAUGUCAGAAGAGAUGACCAUUCCAUGGUGCCUGAAGAGGGCAGAGCUCGUGUUCAAGUGUGUCAAAGGUUUCAUGAUGGAAAUGGCCUCGUGGGAUGGAGGAAUUUCUCGGACUGUGCAAUUCCUGGUACCACAGACAAUUUCUGAGGAAAUGUUUUACCAGCUGAGUAACAUGCUGCCACAGAUCUUCAGAGUAUCGUCCACACUGACUCUGACCUCCAAGCACUGAUUUCUGUGGGGCACUAACCUGUAUCCUAAUAGCACAGAAUGAGAUUAAGGAGAUUCUGGACUAGGAUGUCUCUUUCCUGUGGACUGAUGACCCCAAAGCGGCAUUUGUUGCAAUUUCAAGAAUUAUGUUGUAAUAAAAGAUAAAUGUUGUCUGUACUUGGCUGGUUGCAGCUGAUUUUGGCCUCUUGCUUUGUUUCAGCACAGGAUUGAUGAUGAAUUCCUCACCUUUAUCUGAAAGACAUUCAUUAUAACUUGUAACAAAUCCACAGAAAUAGAUAGAUAAUUCUCAUACACAGGUAGUAGCAAUAAGUGGUCAUGCUCGUAAUGGGGUCUUCUGGCUUCUACAAACAUAUUCUGAAUUUUCUUAGUGACUUUUAGAAGAACAUCGAGCAUGUGUCAGGUGUUUUCGUAGAAUAACCAAUGAAAUUUGUCAUGGUGACCACAGAAUAAAAUGUACUACUUCCUUAUUUUACUGCUGCAAAAUGAAAGACUUGAAUCAAACACACUGUUGUAUUUUGUAGAUCAUGGAAGUGUUUUUAAAAAAAUGAAUAUACACUUGUGACAAUAAUUAGAUUUUUUAAAGUAGAUUUGUUUUUACUAUGUUUGCUUUUUGCUUUAUUUCCUGACUUCCAGAUAUUGAGAAGUUUACCAUAUGAGCAACUUUAUAGGAACACUAAAGUGUUCUAGACCCUGUUAUAUUUGCUGCUUAUUAAUUAUUAAUGUUUUAUGACUAAUCAAAAGUCCCAGGGAGACAGCUUGAGAUGCAGCUAUGAAGUUUCUUGGGACAAACUUGAAUCCAGUCAAAAAGACCCCACCAGACCACCCCUGCAUCCCAGGGAUGGGGAAUAAGGGGAACAGUGGGAACUGCUUUCCCCCCCAUCAUGGCCAAUCUUGGAACUCAUCUGUGGCCCUAGAAGCUGGAAGCAGGUCUUCCAUGGACACAGGGAAAAUCCUGUCAGGAACUGGGAUUCUUGGGAUUGCUGGAACCACUGGGCUGACAGCAAAGCAGCUGUGGAGGGAUGAGGGUUCUAGGUGGUGGGAUAUCCAAAUCCACAGUUCUUCUGUGUGGGGAUCCUGGCAGACCUAGCUUUGAAUCAGAAACCCCUUCCCCUGUACUGCUGAAAUUCUGCACUGGAAACUGGAGAACCUGGAACCAAAUUAUUUUCUCUCUUGAUAGUGAUUUUUUAAAGUGUUGUUUAGCCUAAUAAAGGUGAAGAA